UUUCAUAGAAAUCAAGGGGGUUGUCUGCAGUUUUUUUUCGACAGAGGGAUUAGGAGGCAGAUAGAAAGUAGAAACCUUCACCAUUAAACCCUCAACGGACCAUCUCGGUCUGCUUCCCUACUACUCAGAAUUUCAAACACAAAUGCCUAACAGUUGAAAAUGGUUUGCUGUCAGUUCUCCAAUCAUCUACUUAACAACGUUUGCAGAAUUCUUUACUGCUGCGGAAGGAGCUUUUCAGCGAAUCACAGGGCCAGAACGCCUCAUCAUCUCGUUUCCCCUUCACGUAUACGAUUUUCCAAGGGUUACCACAAAGUGUCAAAUUCUUUGAAGUCAGAACUCUCUGGAACUGGAACUACUCCUGUUGUUUCUCUUAAAGAUUUGGGAACUGUUGAAAGAGAAACAACACUAAAAGAAAGCACUUCCUUUGAUUCUUCCCAUAAAACAGAUAAUGUAGUAAAUAUUGAUUCUUCAAAUGGUCGAGUGAUGCUCAUUGAUGGCACUUCUAUCAUCUACAGAUCUUAUUACAAACUUCUUGCUAAGUUACAUCAUGGGCAUUUGUCUAAUGCGGAUGGCAAUGGAGAUUGGGUCAUGACAAUAUCUACAGCAUUAUCACUCAUCAUUGAUGUCUUGGAAUUUACUCCAUCACAUGUUGCGGUGGUUUUUGAUCAUGAUGGCUUUUCCUUUGGUAAUACGCCUCAGUCAUCCAGACAAAAAUUUAUGGCAAAAGGUCAGACUUUUCGGCACACUCUCUACCCUGCAUACAAGAGCAACCGUCCACCAACUCCAGAUACAAUAGUGCAAGGCCUUCAAUACCUGAAAGCAGCCAUCAAAGCAAUGUCCAUUAAAGUCAUUGAGGUUCCUGGUGUUGAAGCUGAUGAUGUCAUCGGGACCUUGGCUCUUCGCAGUGUUGAAGAUGGCUUCAAGGUUCGAGUUGUGUCUCCAGAUAAAGACUUUUUUCAGAUAUUAUCUCCUUCAUUACGCCUUCUUCGAAUUGCACCACGUGGUUUUGAAAUGGUUUCAUUUGGAAUGGAGGAUUUUGCUAAAAAAUAUGGAGCAAUAGAACCUUGUCAGUUUGUUGAUGUAAUGUCACUUGUUGGUGAUAGAUCUGAUAACAUACCAGGAGUUGAUGGAAUUGGGGAUGUGCAUGCAGUGCAGCUAAUCUCAAGAUUUGGCACGCUGGAGAAUUUGCUGCAACAUGUUGAUCAAGUUGAAGAGGAGCGAAUAAAAAAGGCUUUGAUAGCAAAUAAGGAGCAGGCUUUAUUGAGCAAAGAAUUGGCACUUUUACGUUCUGAUCUUCCACACUACAUGGUGCCAUUUGCCAUCAAUGAUCUCAUAUUUAAAAAACCAGAGGACAAUGGGGAGAAAUUUACAAACCUAUUGACAGCAAUUGGGGCAUAUGCAGAAGGCUUUUCGCUGGAUUCAGUUAUUAGAAGGGCUUUCUAUCUGUGGAAGAAGCUUGACAAAUCAUAAAUAUCAAACUUGUCCCAAGUAUUUUAUUACUUUGUGUGGGGUUUUAAGAACAAAUCUAUGGGUCAAAUUUCCAUGGUGAGCAGAAAUUCUACAAUAUAUAUCAUACAAAUAUAUCGCUCA